AUGGAUGCCCGGAGGCAAAUUCUUUCUGCAUGGCAGUCCCUUUAUGAUACUGGCGGGAACCAGAAGUCCCCAUCGUGUCAGUCUUCAUCGAGCUCAACAAAGAAAUCGCCAGUGGAUCAGUCAAGGUCAGCUAAGAAAUCCCCGGCAUGUCCAUCCAAGCGCCAGCGAGGCAAGGAGAAGACAUCUGAACCCGAGGACCGUCCAUCCGCAUCCAGCGGUGGGAAACGCCGAAGCGACGGCCGAUUGUGGUGGGCAUCCGGCCAAGUGCCCGAAGCAGAACUGAGGGCCAUGAAUGAGAAGGAGCACAAGGCCCUGCACCCAUCGCCGGUGGACAACUGCGCACGGUGCCGCUUCGACAUGAUGCAGCCCAUGUGGACAGCAGACGGUAAAAGCCGGCGACACUGCACCAAAUGGGGCAGGUACGAAAUAUUCAGCCUAUCGAUGAUGCAGGCCAGCAGCUUGCGGCUGCACUGCACCAGAGCGGUCCACAAGCUCGCCAAAGCUGCGUACUUGAAGCCAGACGCACCGCUGGAAACGCUGGCGCUGAACAACGACGAAGCUGGCCUCUUUCGGGGUUGCGUCCCUCAGCUGGAGGAUUGGCUGGUAGUUUGGCAGUCAGUUCAUGGAUCUUUCAAAGAAGCUGCUCAGCACCUCUCCACCGCACGGUGGUUGGCCAGCAGCCGUGGCAAGGAGAAGGUGUCGGAGAAAGCAGCCGUCAGGAUGGUCCAAAUCAUGGCAGAGGCUGUGCGAGUGCGGCACCGUGCGGUGCUGCGCAAAGCAGCCGCCAUCACCUUGCAGACAGACGACAAGGGCCGAUGGCGUACUGUCCGCUUCAAAGCUUCCUACUUUGAUGAGCACGGAAAGGCGCUGCAGGGUUCUGCACUUGUCCCAAAGCUCAGACCCGAGGUUGCGGUCGCUGACACGGCAUGGGCAUGCACGCACCGCGGUCUUCUGUCGGUGCAUGCGCACUUCAGCAAAAGGUUGGGGGACUUGGAGGAAGACUACGGCGUGAGAUUCGCAGCCUUUCUGAAGGAGGCUUUGGUGGCCUUCUGCACUUGCCUUGGCGAGCAGCAGCGGGAUGCGGAGCUGUAUGAACACCUGGUUCAGCACAUCGUGGGCAUCUAUGGCGACGGAGCUGUGCAAAAGAGUUUAGCCUAUCUCCGAGAGACUUGCCUUUGUGGCAUGACACUCAUGAAGGAUUUCCAAAGUGCUGGUCCAUCGCCCGUGACACGUGUCAUGCACAACGGACGGCGACCGGGGAUCCCAUCAAGAGGAGCUCUGUGUUUGGAGAACGGUACCGCCAGGUAUGGGCAGGCGCAGGAGGGCUUUUCCCGGCUGUCCAUCAUUCCGUGCCAUGGCCGAUUUGCUUGCAGACAUUUGAAUUAUUGUUUGUUCACAUUAGAUAUGGACGGGACGUUGGCGAUCCUUUCACCGUUGUGA